GGAGGAACUCUAUUGUGUGUGUGUUCAGGAGGAAGUUCUGAUCUUCUAGAUGGAGUACACUGGAGUUCACUGUUGACUCUUGCUGUAUUUUCAGAUGACGGGAUGCUGUAUAUUCGUUUAUGAUGAGCUGCGUUGUGUAAUGUGGGCAAUCAUGGCCUUUCCAUGCCCAUGAUUGUCCCCGGCAAAUUUUUCUACAGAAGCAGUUCGCCAUUGCCUUCUUCUGGGCCAUGUUGUUACAAGAUGGGUGACCCCAGCCGUUAUCAAUAGAUGCCGUAAAUGGUGUCUGUGAAUGACAUAACUGCUGCAAUGUGCUGUUCUAAUGAUGUUCCACAGCACGGCUGUAUCAUCGGUAUCUGUAUUUUUAUCAUUUUAAAGCUCAGAUCCUCAGUUUAAGUCCCUCCAGGGCCUGAAUCCUUAUCUAUAAUCUUUAAGAUGUCUGCCUCCUUCCACUUCCAGCCACUUUCAAGGCCCUGAAUUUAAACGCUAUCCCACUGACGGCCCGAGGUUGAUAAACCUCUCAGGUUGUCUUCCCUGCCUUUCAGAUGUUUCUUUCAAACUGAUUCUUAUUACCACCAGGCCUCAUACCUCAUCACGUAAUGUGAUUUGUGCAACACCGUUUUGAGGCAAUUUCUGGCAUUUUCUGACACCAACACCUCAGAAGCUCAUGCUCUUUUUAAACUUAUUUCGAGGAUCUGGUAAUCCCAGUAAGAAAUUUAUUAGCCAUUGCUAAUUGCCACUGAGUAAGAAUUUAUGUGACCUGUCUUAAAUAUUCACCACAGUCCUUCUGGUGAGUGUGCUACCCCGCCCCCCUCCAGUGCUGUUGAAUAUUAAAAUAGCUAGAACAAUAAUGGCCCUUCAUUUAUCUCCCUUUGAUCCCCCUAUGAUUUUAUACAUGAGAGUGGGUCAGAAUUGAGAUAAAGGGACUCAUAUUAAUUUCUAUUCCCAUUCCUAUUCCGAUAUGUCUAUCUAUGGUCUCAUUUUGUGCCAAGGUGAGGCCACCCUCAGGAUGGAGGGGCAACACCUUAUAGUCCAUCUGGGUAGCCUCCAACCUGAUGGCAUGAAUAUCGAUUUCUCCUUCCAGUAAAAAAGAAUUCCCUCCCCCUCCCCUUUUUUUCUAUUCUCCUUCUUCUUCUUCAACUGUCCAUUGAUUUCGAUGUUGACUGAGGCCUGGGCAGGGUUGUAUGGCAGUUGCCCAUGCUGCAAGUCUCCCCUCUCCAUGCCACUGAUGUUGUCCAAGGGAAGGGCAAGGGCUGAUACAGCUUGGCACCGGUGUCGUCGCAGAGCAAUGUGUUGUUAAGUGCCUUGCUCAAGGAUACAAACAAGCUGCCUCAGCUGAAGCUCGAACUAGCGACCUUCAGAUCACUAGACCAACGCCUUAACCACUUGGCCACGCGCCAACACACACUAUUCUCCACUCUGGUCUUUAACCUCUUCUUACCUGCCCCUGGGUCCUCCCCUCCUUCCCAUUCUCCUAUCAGGUUCCUUCUUCUCCAGCCCUUGAACUUUCCCACUCAUCUGGCUUCACCUAUCACCUUCCAGUUGGUCUCCUUCCCUGCCCUCCACACUUUUUUAUUCUGGCAUCUUCCCCCUUCCUUUUCAGUCCUGAAAAAGAUCUUGGCCCAAAAUGUUGACUGUUUACUCUUUUCCAUAGGUGCUGCUUGACCUGUUGAGAUCCCCCCAGCACUUUGUGUCUGCUGGAUUGGAUUUCCAGCAUCUGCAGACUUUCCUGUGUUUAUAAUUCAUUUGUUAGGGACUCUGGGGUAGUUGACAAGACUUGGCAGAGAGUCUGAAGAGGUCUUCCGUUGCCUGUUGCCCCACUGGUGUUUAGCAAUGAGGGUCCUCCAUUACUGCAGGCAUACACGGCUUCCUUCAUAACAUCAGUAACCUCCUCUCGGUUUUCACGACUGUCAGUCAUGCAAGUCCUGGGUGGAGACUCAGGAGUACCGUCACACUCAGAUGGAGAAAGAUUCUUCAUUGCUGUUUCCGUAACAGUUUUGUUUGACUAGUCGGGGUUGUUAGCCCUGAGUUGAACCCCCCCCCCCCCCCCCCAGAUCUGGAAGAUUGGUGGACCACUCUCACUCUGGCCUCUAGCCUUUGACCUGGCUGGCGUGGGUGACCUUCCCAUAAAGCCCUGACUCCAACCAACAUUCGUAGCUCUCCAGGUCAUUGAGGCACGCAAGCCUCCAAACCCAACCACGAGAUUGUGGUCCUAUUCCAGGUCUAAAGAGAUAUUGGUUUAUUAUUGUUGUAUUUACCAAGUUACGGUGGAGAUCUUGUCUGUUCAUAUGGACCAAAUCCUUACACAGUGUGUCAAGAAUAUAACACAUAGACAAUGUAAAGCCUUCCGAGAAAGUGCAGUGCAGGUAGACAAUUAAACCAUAAAAAUAAGGUAAAAAAUAAUAAACAGGGUAGAUUGCGAGGCCAAGAGUCCACUUUGUUACACAAAAUGUCCAUUCAAGUGUCUGAAAUGAGAGUGUUGACCUGGAAGUGACUACUAGUCUCACACAGGGAUUGAACUCAAGUCACCAAUCCUCAGGAACAUUUUGGAAUGUCAUCAUACAAGAGCUUUGCACCCAGUAACUUCAGUCAUUAACUGAGUCUGAGAGCUUUCAGCUUCUGUUAAUAUCAUGACCUUGAUGUCUCAGCCAUUCGAGGUGCUAGGCACAUUCCUUGUGACCUAGUGCUUUCCUCUUCUCGGGCAACCCCCUGGGCUCAGGGGUGACUUUCCUCUUCUCCAGUCCUGUCAGUUCUGAGGAGGUGGAUGAAGUUAAUGUAGGGGCCGCCGACUCUUCCACAGAUAGCGCGGGACGGGACAGACGGGAUAGGCAACAGAAAGCUGUUAUCCGUCUCACUCCUUCCACCUUUUUAUCCAAGGAACCACUUCGCAAGGCCUUGACAUUGUUACUUAUGCUCCUGGUCCAUGUUAAAGUCAUCCCAAGAGUCAGUGAGGAUGCAGCUUUUCUUUAAGGAGCAUGCCUCUGUCCAUCUGUUAAUUUCUUCCCACGGCAGAACUCAGAAUAGACCAUCUACUUAGGGAUUCUGGACAUGUGAGCAAUGUGGCCCACCGGAUAUGGCCAGCUGGAGGUGACGGCGGCCUCGGUGCCCGGCAGGUCGGCCUGGGAGGGCUCUGACGCCGGUUUGCCCCUCCCUCCCGCGAACAUGGGGGAUUUUGCAGAGACAGCACCGUGGCGUUUCUCCGCCCCUUUCGGGCGUCCGCUGCAGACGGGGAAAAGCACUGCAUCACACAGACUCCGGAAGCAGAGCAGUGUUUCAAAUCUCAGCAGUGAUUCCAUCCUUUCCCCUCAAAAAUAACAGUACAGCUCAGGAAGAGGCCAUUCAGCCCACAAUGUUGUACUAAACCAGCCUAAAAAGCAAGUCAAAUGCACCGAAAACACUAAUCCUUCCAACCUAAGCCAUUCCAUAUCCCUCCAUCUCCCUUACAUACACGUGCCUCUCCAAACGUCUCUUCUAAGCCUCUAUUGUAUUGGCCUUUUCCACCAUACCAGGCAUCUACCACCCUCUGUAUGGACGGAGGGUAAAAACAAACAGAAAAAGCUUUGGUUACGGAUUUAUCCAGUGUAGUGUGGACAUAGCCUGAGUGAAAAAGUUACCCCUCACAUCCCCUUUGAACCUAACCCCUCACACCUUCAAUGCAUGCCGUCUGAUUUUGGACGUUUCUACCCUGGGGAACAGACACAUCCUGGCUGCUCUAAGUUUGCCUCUCAUAAUCUUUUAAACCUCUUCCCUCAGCCUCCGCUGCUCCAGAGAAAACAGCCCAAGCUUCUCCAGCCUCUCGUGACAGCACGUCCUCUAAACCAGGCAGCAUCCCGGUAAACCUCCUCAGCACCCUCUCCAAAGCCUCAACAUCCCUCCUACAGUGGGGCAACCAGAACUUUAUGCAAUACUCCAGAUGAGGCCGAACCAGUUUUAUAAAGUUGCAUCGUAACCUCUUGACUUUUGCACUCAAUGCCUUGGCUAGUAAAAGCAGCAUUCCAUAAACCUUGUUGAUGGCCUGUGUAGGCCUGUUAAUGGCCUAUCAAUCUGUGUAGCCACUUUAAUGGAGCCAUGAACUUGGAUCUCUGGAUCUCUCUGCUCAGUGACACUGUUAAGGACCUUGCCCUGUCUCCUUACAUUUGCUCUACCAACACCUUGGGUCCAACUCCAUCUGCCAUUUCUCGGUUCGUGUCUGUAACUAAUCUAUAUUGUACUGUAUUCUUUGCCAGUCGUCUACACUAUCCACAUUUCCACUAAUCUCGUUAUCAUCUGCAAACUUACUAACUCACCCAUCUACAUUUUCAUCCAGGUCAUUUAUAUACAUUACAAGCAGCAGAAGUCCCAGCACAGAUCCCUGAGGAACUCCACUAAUUACAGACCACCAGCUCCAAUAACCAAUACCCUCUGUCUUCCAUGUGAAAUACCUCUCCCUUCCCUCGUAAUCAAUGCAGAUGUGCUGAAGAAACUUCAUAAUGAUGGAAAGUGAGUGAAGGCAUUGUUGUUUAUAACCAGCAUUAAACGUGUGCAACACCACUACUGCCCAAUGGAAGUCAGCUCCAGACAGGUCAGUACAUACAUGGGACAACAUGUGAUUCAGCAUAGCAUAGUAACAGGCCCUUCAGCCCACAAAGUCCGUGCUAGGCAUGAUGUCAAAUUAUAUCACUCCCCUCUGCCUGCACAGGAUCCUUCUUUCAAUAUCCCAUUUGGAUAUGUCCAUACAUGACCUCCUCUACUUCCAUGAUGAGGCCAAACGCAAGUUGGAGGAGCAACACCUCAUCUACCGUCUGGGUAGCCUCCAGCCUGGUGGCAUGAACAUCGAAUUCUCCAACUUCCGGUAAUUCCUUCCCUCUCCCUUCACCCAUCCCAGUUUCACUCUGCCUCUUCCUCCAGCUGCCUAUCACCUCUCUCGUGAUUCUGCCUUAUUCUACUACACAGUGCUUUCCCCUUACAUUCCUUCUUUCCUGCCUAUCCCCUCCCUGCUUCCCCUCUCCCACCCCUUGAUCUUUCCUCUGAUUGGUUUUCCACCUGGCACCUACCAGCCUUCUCCUUCCCACCCUCCCCCCACCUUCUUUAUAGGGCCCCUGCCCCCUCCCUCUUCAGUCCUGACGAAGGGUCUCGGCCCGAAACAUUGACUGUUCAUUUCCACAGAUGCUGCCCGACCUGCUGAGUUCCUCCAGCUUGUUGUACGUCUCCCUUAUUUCCAUUCCUUCCGUAUUCUUGUAAAUGACACUGCUAGCUCCACUAUCCCUCAGAUCAGGGGUCCCCUAACUUCUGUAUGUCCUGCAUCCUUACAGGUGGCGGGGCGGAGAUACGUCUCUACCAAAGGAGUUGUAAGGCGCUCCUUCCCUCCACUAGCCUGCAGGUGUUGCCCCUGCUUAGCCUCCCCUGAUCAGGGUCAUGUGAAGCCAUGGGAGCAGGUGGUGGACAGUCGUAUGAGCAGCCGGUGCAGAUCACAAGUCCUGGUUAUGAGACCAUUGAUGCCAGGCAGACAAUCUUUGAGGAGUAUUGAUAUUGAUAAUUAAUAAUAAUAGAAGAAGGGCAAUGGCAAACCAUUUCUAUAGAAAAACUUGCAAACUACAUUCAUGGAAAGACCGUGAUCGCCCAUGUCAUACGUCAUGGCGCAUACUGAUGAUGUAGUACGUCACAGCACAUAAUGAUGAUGUCAUACAACAUGGCACAUAAUGACGAUGAUGAGAUGGAUGCAUGAAUGUGCAGAAAACAUUGGGGUGUGGACAUUGUUUAGGCAGAAGGGAUUAGUUUAGUUAGCAGUUUCAUUGCUAGUUUACUUAGUUUAGCAAAAUAUUGUGUUCCAUGUGAUGUUUUUUAAAUUUAAGGUUUUGGUGUUCAGAGGGAAGUAAAAAUCCUUAAACGCGGAGCAUUGGAAGUUAAGAUAUAGGUGCCCUAAUCAUAGUGGCUGGCAAGAGCUAGGAGGAACCACCAUUACAACAAGAUUUGAGCACAGCACUAAAGAUUACCUUUGCCCCUACAUCCUAUUUCCUCAGGAGCUUCAGAGCCUUAGAGGAGAGAGGAGGCCUCUUAGAUUUGAUAUCACUGGCACAUGUUGUGAAAUUUCUUAAAUUUGCAGUACAAUGCAAUACAUGAUAAUAUAAAGAUCAUGAAUUAUAUUCAGUAUAUGUAUGUGUGUGUGUGUGUGUGUGUGUAUAUAAAUAAAAUAGUCAAAUAAGUAAUGCAACAGAAAUAGAAAAAAGUAGUGAGGUAGUGUUCAUGUGUUCAAUAUCCAUUCAAAAAUCUGAUGGCCGAGGGGAAGAAGCUGUUCCUGGAUCACUGUGUGUGCCUUUAGGCUUUUGUACCUCCUUCCUGAUGGUAACAGUGAGAAGAGGGAAUGUCCUGGGUGGUGGGGAUCCUUAAUGAUGGACGCCACCUUUUUGAGGCACCAUUCCUUGAAGAUAUCUUGGAUACUACAGAGGCAAGUGACCAUGAUGGAGCUGACCAAUUUUACAACUUUCUGCAGCUUACUUCGAUCCUGUGCUGUCGCGCCCUCCCCCAUACCAGACUGUGAUGCAGCCAGUUAGAAUGUUCUCCACGGUACAUCCAUUAAAGUCUGAGUGUUUUAGGUGACAAGCCAAAUCUGCUCAAACUCCAAAUGAAGUAUGAUCCCCGUCUUGCCUUCUUUAUAGCUGCAUUGAUAUGUUGGGACCAGGUUUGGUCCUCAGAGAUCUUCUUUUUUUCCCCUUUCUUUUUCUAUCUUUUUAUUGAGUUUCAUAUACAAAAGAAAACAAUAAUAUAACAUAACAUAACAUUGAAUAGGUUAUAAAUACACUAGGCUUGAAGUUAAAUUAGUAAUAAGAUAUCAAUAUCUUAUUGAGAUACCAACAGAGAACAUCAUAAGAUAAUCAAUCAAGCCUAUAUUAAUUGUAUAUGAAAAAAGGAUAAUCACAAAAAGAAGGGAAAAAAAUACAAGAAAAAAUAUAUAUUAAAAUAAAGCAAUAAACCUUAACUAACAUGGGCAAUAAUAAUAAUUUAUAUAUACAUGAUAGUAUCAAGAACUCCGGAACUCCAUACCAAAACAAGGAUAAAAAGAGAAAAGGUCUGGAAGGGGUCAAAUUAACUCAUAUGAAAAUGUCGAAUAAACGGUCCCCAAGUUUCUUCAAAUUUAAUUGAUGGAUCAAAAAUAGUACUUCUAAUUUUUUCUAAGCUCAAACAAGAAAUAGUUUGAGAGAACCACUGAAACAUGGUAGGAGGGUUACAAAUGGUUAACUCUUCUUCUAUAUGUGCUAAACAUGCUUUAAUACAAUUUAAGGUGGUACAUAGAGCCCACAUGUCUAAAGAUAAGCUUGCUCGAUUCUACUCCCAUAUUAACCCUCAAUGUGACAGAUGUCACUCAGAAUUUGCUUCAUUGACCCAUAUGUUUUGGUCAUGUCCCACCUUACAUAACUAUUGGAAGGAUAUAUUUACUAUCAUUUCCUCAGUUUGGAAUAUUGAUUUACAACCCCAUUUUAUCACUGCAAUUUUUGGUAUACCAAUUGAGGAUGGUAGUCAAUUCUCCCCUUCGAUUAGACGAAUGAUGGCAUUUGCAACUCUAAUGGCUAGAAGGUCUAUAUUACAAAAUUGGAAAGAAGGUCCUUAGAGAUCUUGACAUCCAGGAACAUGAAAUUGCUCACUCCUUCCACUUCUGACCCCUCCAUGAGGAUUGGUUCCCUAAGUCUUCCUUGCAGACUCAAGACCUGAAGUUAUGUUCAGGAACUCAACAAGCCCUAGGCCGGAGGCGAGUUCCCACUUUAUUAGUUGACCUCGGAACACAGCAACACAUGAUGUAAAGCUAUCCGUGGUCACCUGCACAGCGUGGAAGUAUUGUCCAACUCUAGCCUGGAAUCUGUACCACAGUAGCUUCCUGUCAGAUUAGCCGGCAUCCCCAGCUCCUGAGUGAGCUGUCAGUCUGCCAGUCUUGGGUGGAAAAGCAAGGUCAUUAAAGUGUUUAAAUAUUACUUAGAAAACCAGACUGCUGGUAAUUUAAUUUUCUACCAUGACUAAUCUGCAGCUGUAUCUUAUUUAAAUUAUUCUGACUUCAGUGCAAUUAUCUUCUUAUCGAGCAUUUUUCUUACGGCUCCGAUUCUGCCUGCCUCUUCACCUACCAGGGCCUUGGUACCUACCUACUGGUUGCCAUGGUACCUACAGGUCUGUCACCAUGGUGCCCGUGAAUCAGUCCGCACAGUAACUAUGGGUAAAUUGCCAUGGCUGGUGCCCACAGAACAACUGCAAUGGUACCUGCAAUGAGAUGCCCGCACUAUCCAUGAGAAAGUUGGCGUGCCAACCAUUGAAUGGUCACCAUGACACAGGCAUAGCUCCAUCAGCCCAUUGCCAUGGAAUCCAUGGUCUUUUUAGAAAAUAGAUAAUUUAUUUGUUGAGGUAUAGCACGAAAUAGGAUGAGCCACACCGGCCAGCAAUCUCCCUAUUUAAUCCUACCCUAAUCAUGGGACAAUUUACAAUGGCCAAUCAACCUACAGACCAGUACAUCUUUGGACUGUGGGAGGAAACGCACACGGUCACCGGGAGAACGUACAAACUCCUUACAGUCAGAAGCAGGAAUCGAACCAGGGCCGCCUGUACUGUAAAGCAUUGUGCCACCCCCUGAGUGCCCAUUGGCCGUUUGACACAGGACUCAUUCAUCAUUUGACAGGCAAGGUACCAAUCAGUUAUCUUAGUGUUGAUUGGUUGAUGACUACUAGCCUUCUCGCCAGUUGCAUGGCCUCCCUGGGACAGUUCCUUAUCAAAGAUUUGAAGUAUAUUUAUUAUCAAAGAAUGUAUAAAUUACACACCCUGAAGUCUGUCUGCUUACAGGCAGUAACCAAGCAAGAGACCUGAAUAACCCAAUAAAAAAGACCAAAAAUCACUGUUCACUGUGUGAUCCUCCUACUGUUGCCAUCUCUGGCCAACCUGUCCUGGAACUUAUGUCACAUGGCCCCAGCUCCAACAAACAUGAUUGGUCAUCUGCCACAUCCAUCACACCAUGCCAACCCGAACCAAAACGGAAACCUCAGGUAAUUACCUCCCCUGCCCGCAUUUUCUCUUCUUACUUUUAUUCCCCAUUCUGGUUGCUCUCUCACCCCUUCUCCUUUCCUCACCUGCCCAGCACUUCACUCAGGACCCCUCUUCCUUCCAUUUGCCUCCAGGAGACCGGGCUAAUGCAGUGGUUAGCACGACUCUAUCACAGCUUGGGGUAUUCUGGAGCUCGGUGUUCCAGUUCUGGCACUGCCUGUAAGGAGGUGACCAUGUGGGCUUUCUCUCACAGUUCAAAGACAUUCCAGUUAUCAGGUCAAUUGGUCCUGUGGUUGGGCUAGUGUCAAAUUCCACAGAGUAUCUCUAAAUAAAAUAAUUAAAAUAAUUUUUUUCCGCAGUCCACUGAUUUCUCUUAAUAUAUUCCUUCUUUAGCUCUUUACCUCACCCACCUAUCACCGACCAGCUUUUUAAAUCACACACUCUUCCCCACCCACCUACAUUCCCCCCCCCUCACCUAUCACCUGCCAAGUUGUAUUCCAUCCCCUCCCACCCUCCCCACCUUAUUCCGGCUUCUCCCCUCUUCCAUUCUCUGAAUGAUAAAGGGUCUCAACCUGAUAUGUUUGUUCCCCCGCUAUAGAUGCUGCCUGGUUUGCUGAGUUCCUCCAUCGUUUUGUGUGUGUUUCUCCAGAUACACCUGUCCCCUUCUUCUUUAGCCCUUUGGCUCCUCCACCUACCACCUCCCAGCUUCUCACUUCAGUCCCAGUUAUUCCCCCUGAUCUCCUCCCUUUGCCUUCUUAUCUGGAGCCCCCUAUCACCACCUAACUCGUACUCCUCCCUCCACCCACCCACCCAACCCCCUUCCUAUUCCGGCUUCUGCCCCUUCCCUUGCAGUUCUGGAAGGCUCUCGGCCUCAUUUCCUUCUGUAGAUUCUGUGUGUGUGUUGUAUCUGAUUUAAUUGGGAUGCAGGGCAAAUUGAAUUUUAUCCCGCACCUUUGGAACAAAUAAGCAAAAAUUGUUCAAGAGCACUUUUUUUGGAGUGUUUUGUGGUCCUGAAGUAUUUCUACUGUUUGUAGCUUCACACACAGACAUCUCCACAUGAACCCACCAUGGCCUGAGUGCCCCCUGUAAUGCCUGCUGUUACAGCUUCAUUCCUGUGUAAUAAAACUAUCAACUCAACCAAUUAUGAGGUCAAUUCACAAGGUCCCUUCUUGGCAACUUGCCAACCUGUUGUUUGAAGACGUGUGCGACUUGUUCAGUACCGAGAGGCACAACACUGGCUAACUAAACAGGAACAAACCCCAGUGCGGCCAAUCCAGCUCUUACUUAGAGUGAGACCUUUGUCACUGCGGGCCGGAAUUCAAUUGUAAAUUAGGUGCGGCAGAAACCUGAUUGGAUGAGGACUAACCAAUCAGGAGGGAUAGACCACGGGGGUAUAUAUACCACCAGACCAGAUAUGCCUUGGCAUCAUCCCUGAUGAAGAUGUCAAAGUUUGUUAAUUUUUUAGUUUUUUUUAAUCAAACAAUGAUUAAAAUCGAUACCUGUACCCGGCUGGAAGCCCGACAAGAGUUUAUUCACAUGAUAAAGAGUCUUUAAAGUAAGAUCACUAAUGUUGAGAACAUCUCAACAGAUGAGUGCAGCUAUCCUGUUUUGUUAAGAGCCUGACGGUUGAGAGGUAGUAACUGUUCCCGAACCUGGUGGUGCGAGUCCUGAGACUCCUGUACCUUGUUCCUGAUGAUAGCAGUGAGAAAAGAGCACGGCCUGGGUGGUGAGGAUCUUUGAUGGAUGCUGCUCUUCAACGGCAACGUUUCACGUAGAUGUGCUCAAUGGUUGGGAGGGUUUUACCCGUGAUGUACUGGGCCAAAGCCAAUACCUUUUGCAGGAUUUUCCACCCAAAAGGGUUGGUGUUCCCGUACCAGGCCGUAAUGCAGCCGGUCAGCACACUUUCCACCACACAUCUAUAGAAGUUGGCCAUGGUUUUGGAUGACACGCCAGAUCUCUGCAGACUCCUGAGGAAGUAGAGGCACUAUUGUGCUUUCCUUGAAAUUACAUUUAUAUGAUGGAUCCAGGACAGGUCCUCUAAGGUAGUGACACCCAGGAAUUUAAAGUUAUUGACCCUUUCCACCUCUGACCCUCCAGUGAUUACUGACUCAUGAACCUCUGGUUCCCCUCUCCUGAAGUCUACAGUUAGUUCCUUGGCCUUAUUGACAUUGAAUGAGAGGUUGUUGUUACGACACCACUCAGCCAAAUUUUCAACCUCUCCCCUGUUUGCUGAUUCAUCACCACCUUUGACACAGCCCACAACAGUGGCGCCAACAGCAAACUUGUGUAUGGUGUUGGAGCUGUGCUCAGCCACAUAGUCAUAGGUGUAAAACGAGUAGAGCAGGGGGCUAAACGCACAGCCUUGCGGUGCACCAGUGCUGAUGGAGAGUGUGGAGGAGAUGAUUUUGUCAAUCCGAACUGACUGGGGUCUUUUAACUCCAGAUUCCAGAAACAACAGUCUCUCUUGUGUCUCCACAGUGGGGUGGGGUGUCAUUAUGGAAGAGGGCAAUAAAUCCUCUGAUUGGACCUCUAUUGACCCCCUAUUGAUUCUGCACCGACUGUAACUGGAACCCCCAGGGGUGAAAGUGUUAAUUGCACCGCCGUCUCUCAUUGGCUCCCUCUCCGCCUCGCAUCUUAAUUCCAGCAAGGCCAGGAACAUGCGGGAACUGUACCAAUGUGCCAAACUGCAAGAAAGAAAGCAAACGGGUGAAGUGUUUUGCUGAGAUAUUACCUCACCUCCCGGGAGGGAAGACAAAAUGUCAAAGAACAUUUUUCUUCACAAGAGUCACCAGAAAGGAAGGCAGAUUAUUUCACCCCUGCCGCCCCCCCCCCACCCACGCAAACAGUACAAGAAAAGUGUGUCAGCUGCAGUUCUGGGGAGAAUACAAGCUGGUCAUUUUGAAGCCUAGUGAGACAGACUGACUCUCCAAUGUCCUUUUAGGCCUUAGGCUUCGCAGCUCUGCAAUUGACUUUGAAGAAAUUCAUGGAAGGUUUCAAUCUGGCAUUCCUCGUUGUGACAGGAAUUUGAGGCAGCGGCUGUAGAAGGGGCCGCAGCGAGCCUUUCUCACUCCAUCAACCAACUCGGACCAGACAGAAAAGGCUCCUCGCUCUGCCAGAAUCUCUCUCAGCAAAGCACAGAAGGGAAAGGGGGAGGGUUUGCAGGAGGGGGCAUGAGGGAGUGAAAUAGCUGGAAGUAGUGCUUGGACGUCACAGUAAGCAGUGUUGGUUAUACUUCCUGCCACUCCAUACUCAGCUGCUCUCUGAGCUUCAGCCCCAGGCUCUCCCUUGCUCCUACCCUGCACAUUCCCUGCUCAAAAUAAUAGUUCCCCAUGGACUAGAUGGGCCAAAGGGCCUGUUUCUGUGCUGUAUCGCUCUCUGACAUUUAACCUUUCACCCCUCCAUAACCACCUCAAGGACUCAAGUCCCAUGGUACAGAAGAGCAUCACACCCAUCAGCGAUACUGUCCUUCAGAUGAGUCACAAGUUCUGACUUCCGAUGAGUAUUAGAACAUAGAACAGUACAGAACAGGAGCAGGCCCUUCGGCCAACUAGUUACAAAUUAAAUCAACAAAAAACACCAAAAGGUCACCUCUCAUCCUCCAUUGCUCCAAGGAAAAAAGGCCAAGUACACUCAACCCACUUUCAUACGGUAUGCCCUUCAAUCCAGGCAACAUCCUUGUGAGUCUCCUCUGCACUCUGUCUAUAGAAUCCACAUCCCUCCUGUAGUGAGGUAACCAGAACUGAGCACAAGUGAGGUCUAACUAAGGUUUUAUGUUGUGAAAUAUGUUAACAAUGCAAUAUAUAAUAAUAGAAAACAAGAAGAAGAAGAAGAACAUAGGAACAUAAAAAGGAGAUACUGAGUGAGAACAUAUAAAGGAGAUACUGAGUGAGGUAGUUCUCUUUUGGAAGAGGACAGCGAGGCUUGAGAGGAAGUGCGGCGGCGGCCAUUUUCAAAUUGUCCAAUUGCUUCUCAGAUCGGAGCUCUGAGAGGCGGGACUGCGCAGGCGCGUGAAGGAGGCCCGGGAAGGAGGGAAGAUAUAUAAAGAACGCCGCCUUAAGAAGCGGGCAGCUUCGUUUGCGGGCAGCGGAGUGAGCCGGGCGCAGAGUGUAGGGCUUGGGCUCAGAGGGCUUAGGCAGAAGAGGGCACAGUAGGCUUAUCUUUUAGUUCUUGUAUUUUCAGUUAUUUGGGAGGUAUGAGUGUGAGGGCAGCUUGUUGUUCUGGGUGUUGGAUGUGGGAGAUCCUGGAGUCUCUGAGCCUCCCGGACGUCCACAUCUGCGCCAGGUGCGCCGAACUGCAGCUCCUGAGGGACCGAGUUAGGGAACUGGAGCUGCAGCUCGAUGACCUUCGCCUGGUUAGGGAGAGUGAGGAGGUGAUAGAGAGGAGUUACAGGCAGGUGGUCACUCCGGGACCAUGGGAGGCAGAUAGGUGGGUUACAGUCAGGAAGGGGAAGAGACAGGUACUAGAGAGUACUCCAGUGGCUGUACCCCUUGACAAUAAGUACUCAUGUUUGAGUACUGUUGGGGGGGACAGCCUACCUGGUGGGAGUGACAGUGGCCGAGCCUCCGGCACAGAGGACGGCCCUGUAGCUCAGAAGGGUAGGGUUAGAAGAAAGAGGUCCAUAGUAAUAGGGGACUCAAUAGUCAGGGGCUCAGACAGGCGUUUCUGUGGAGGUGACCGGGAGUCCCGGAUGGUAAUUUGCCUCCCUGGUGCCAGGGUUCGGGAUGUUUCUGAUCGUGUCCAAGAUAUCCUGAAGUGGGAGGGUGAAGAGCCAGAGGUCGUGGUACAUGUAGGUACCAAUGACAUAGGAAGGAAAGGGGAAGAGGUCCUGAAACGAGAGUAUAGGGAGUCAGGAAGGCAGUUAAGAAGAAGGACCGCAAAGGUAGUAAUCUCCGGAUUACUGCCUGUGCCACGCGACAGUGACAGUAGGAAUAGAAUUAGGUGGAGGAUGAAUGCGUGGCUGUGGGAUUGGAGCAGGGGGCAGGGAUUCAAGUUUCUGGAUCAUUGGGACCUCUUCUGGGGCAGGAGUGACCUGUUCAGGAAGGAUGGGUUACGCUUGAAUCGUGGGGGGACCAAUAUCCUAGCGGGGAGGUUUGCUAGGGCUACAGGGCGGACUUUAAACGAGUAAGAUGGGGGGGCGGGAGACUAUUUGAGGAGACUAUGGGAGAGGAGGUUAGUUCACCAGUGGAGCAAGUAAAUAGACAGUGUGUGAGGGAGGAAAGGCAGGUGAUGGAGAAGGGAUGCGCUCAGCCCGAAGAUGUAGGGGAGAAGAAAGAAAAGGAUAAUAAAUUUGACUGCAUUGUUAGGGAUGGAAAGAGAGGAGGAGAUGGAGAGUAUCUUAAAUGUAUCUAUUUUAAUGCUAGGAGCAUUGUAAGAAAGGUGGAUGAGCUUAAAGCGUGGAUUGAUACCUGGAAUUAUGAUGUUGUAGCUAUUAGUGAAACAUGGUUGCAGGAAGGGUGUGAUUGGCAACUAAAUAUUCCUGGAUUUAGUUGCUUCAGGUGUGAUAGAGUAGGAGGGGCCAGAGGAGGAGGUGUUGCAUUGCUUG